CCGAUAACCAAUGGCUCUCCUCUCUUCUAUAAACCCAUUGUUCCUCAUCCUCUUCCUUCUCCCUUCUCUUGUAUUUGCAACCCAACAAUGCAACCAUCAUCACUUCUCUGCUUUGCUCCACCUCAAGCAUGGUUUUAACUUCACUGAUUCCACCCUCUCUACUCUCCCCUCUUGGAAUUCAAACAAUACCGAUUGCUGCUCUUGGGAAGGCAUCACAUGUGAUGGAGCCACUGGUCACGUGAUGAGCCUCGAUCUCAGUAGCCUCUAUAUCUCCGGUCGGAUUGAUUCUGAAAGUCUCUUUCGUCUUCGGAGCCUGCGGAAGCUCAACCUCGCUUACAAUGAGUUUGAUGGCUCUACAAUCCCUUCUGGUUUUGAGCAGCUCACUAGUUUAACCCAUCUCAACCUCUCUCAUUUGAGGUUUUAUGGCCAAAUCCCCCUGGAAAUCUCCCGCUUGACCACUUUGGUUUCUCUCGAUCUAUCUUACAAUGGAUAUUUCGAUGGUCCGUACAUUGAAAACCUGAAACUCGAAAACCCAAGCAUGGGAGCACUCGUCCAAAACCUGUCGAGUCUGAGAGAACUCUAUCUCGACAGGGUGGACAUCUUAGCGCCAGGUAGUGAGUGGGGCCAGGCCUUAUUCUUGCCACUCCCUCGUCUUCGCAAGUUGAGCCUACAAAAUUGUGGUCUUUCAGACUCCAUCUAUUCUUCCGUUUCACAGCUCCAUUUCUUAUCUGAACUCGACCUCAGCUUUAACAAUCUCUCCUCUGCAGUGCCCAGCUUCACUGGGAGGCUCCGCAAGUUGAUAUUACAAGAUUGUGGUCUUUCAGGCUCCAUUCAUUAUCCCCUUUCACAGCUCCAUUUCUUAUCUGAACUCGACCUCAGCUUUAACAAUCUCUCCUCUACAGUGCCCAUCUUCCCAAGGAGACUCCGCAGGUUGAUCUUAAAAGAUUGUGGUCUUUUAGGCUCCAUCCGUUCUUCCCUUUCACAGCUCCAUUUGUUAUCUGAACUCGACCUCAGUGAAAACACUCUCUCCUCUUCAGUGCCCGAUGGCAUAGGGAACUUCUCUUCCUUGACAUCACUCCGCCUUGAAGGUUGUGAAUUGUAUGGAAAAUUCCCCGAGAGCAUUUUCCAGCUGCCAACCCUUCAAUUCCUUGACAUUUCAAACAAUCCACUUCUGACCGUCUAUUUGCCAGAAUUCCCUCAAAACAAUACUCUGCAGCAAUUGAUCCUAUCAAGCACGGGAUUUUCAGGAAAGUUACCAGAUUCGCUCAAUAAUCUCUUGUUCUUGACUCGAUUAGACCUCAGCAGUUGCAACUUGUCUGGAUCAUUACCAUCCUCACUUUGUAACCUUACCAAACUGCAGUACUUGGAUCUUUCAAACAACAGAUUGUACGGCCCAAUUCCUUCCUGUGGAAACCAACUUCAGAAUCUCCAAGAGAUCAUGUUAUGGAAUAAUUUGCUUAAUGGGAGCAUUCCGUCAUCUUUGUUUUCCAUCCAAUCAUUACAAAUGUUGGGUCUCUCAAUUAAUCAAUUCAGCGGUCAACUUGGCGAGUUCCACAAUGCCUCUUCUUCACAGCUGCAGAUCAUCUAUUUGCAGGACAACAACUUGCAGGGGAUGAUACCGAGAUCUAUCUUCCAACUUACAAGGGUUCAAGUACUUGAUGUUUCUUCCAACAAUUUCAGUGGUGUUGUGCAGAUAGGUUUAUUUCAAAACCUCAAAAAACUUUACAAUCUGGAACUUUCAGAUAACAACCUGUCAAUCCAGGAUGGUGGUGUUAAUUCUACAUUUGUUUCCACCCCCCAGUUUGCAUUGUUGGGGUUGCGGUCUUGUAACAUUAGUACAUUUCCAAAUUUCUUGAGAAAUCAAGAACGGUUGGGGGUAUUGGACCUUUCUAACAAUAAAAUUAGUGGUGAAAUACCGAAAUGGAUAUGGGAGGUUGGGAAUGGGACUUUAAGCUCUUUAAAUCUUUCUCACAAUGCUCUGCAGGGAAUAGAAUCACCAUCUCCCCAUCUUUUGUCAAGUGCCUUGCUUUAUCUUGACCUUAGCUCCAACAUACUUGAAGGCUCACUUCCCAUUCCAUCACCCUCCAUCGUUUUCUUUUCAGUUUCAAACAAUAGCCUCGUUGGAGAAAUCCCUCUGUCAGUUUGCAAUGCAAUAUUCCUAUUAGUCCUUGAUUUAUCUGACAAUCGCUUCCGUGGUCAGAUUCCACCGUGUUUGGGUGAGAUUGGCGAUGCCCUUAUUGUAUUAAAUCUUCAAGGAAAUGCUUUCAAUGGACCCUUGCCUCAGACAUUUAAAAAGGGAUGUAAUAUACAAACUCUUGAUUUUAGUCGAAAUCAAUUAGAAGGCCAAGUACCAAGGUCUUUAGCUAACUGCAAAAUGUUGGAGCUAUUAAACCUUGGAAACAAUCAGAUACAGGACACUUUCCCCUUAUGGUUGGAAGCUUUGUCUCAAAUGCGCAUCCUCGUCUUAAGAUCCAAUCAAUUUCGCGGCACCAUUGGGCAUCCUCUAACAAAUCACUCCUUCCCAUUGUUACAAAUUCUCGACCUCUCUUCCAAUAGCUUCGAGGGUAAGUUGCCAUCAAAUAUGUUCAAGAGCUUGAAGGCAAUGAUGGAAGAAAACAAAUCCCAAUCUUCGUUCCUUGGAAAAAAGAUCGAUGAUUCAUAUUAUCAAAAUAGAGUGUCUCUAGUCAGUAAAGGGCUGCAAAUGGAACUGGUAAAGAUCCUUACUGCCUUCACUGUAGUGGAUCUCUCAAAGAACAAAUUUCACGGAGACAUCUCAGAAUCAAUUGGAGUUCUAAAGUCGCUCCAUGUGCUCAAUAUGUCCAACAACUGUUUAACAGGAAGAAUUCCAACAUCAUUUGAGAACCUAAGGGAAUUAGAGUCAUUGGAUCUCUCACAGAAUAAAUUGUCAGGAGAGAUCCCUUGGCAGCUAAUAGAGCUAACAUUCCUUGCAGUAUUGAAUCUUUCGCAUAACCUCCUCAUUGGAAAGAUACCACAAAGUCAACAGUUUCUUACAUUUAGCAACGAAUCAUUCAAAGAGAAUUUAGGAUUGUGUGGACCUCCACUGUCAAGGAAAUGCGAAGAUGCAAAGGAUACACCGCCGCCCGCUCUGUCAACAUUAAAAUUGGAAAGGAAAUACGAUUGGGAAUUAAUGCGGAUUGGAUUUGGAGUUGGACAUGGAGUAGGAGUGGGAAUGCUUUUCUGGACUCUAGCACUUUGGAGGAAUGGAAGGAGAGAAUUCUAUAUAUUUAUUGAUAGAAUGCUUUCCUUGAUUUUUCCUUCCAUGGUGUUUUCUAAAUAGCAAUUAAAAAAGGUUUUUGUUAUUUCCUCCUUUUUUGUAAUUUGUGUUUGGCUUGAUCUAUAUGAUGUAUGGCAGUUGUUUCUUGUGUUUGCACCUGCCCUAGUGGCUGUAAAGAACCAUUUUCAUAUUAAUAAAAUUACAGGUGGU